AACCAUUCUUAGGCUUGAAGAAGCCAAUCCAAAGCCUCUUCAACCAGCCGGAACCAUAAACCGGAGCGAAUCAUGAUCGGAGCUACACUCAACUCACACAAGCUAACUCUCAAAUUCCUCUGCAGCUACGGCGGCCGUAUCAUCCCCCGCUAUCCCGACGGCAAGCUCCGCUACCACGGCGGCGACACCCGCGUCCUCUCCGUCGACCGCUCCAUUUCAUUUUCCGAGCUGAUGGUGAAAAUGAGGGAAUUGUGUGGACAUACCGUGAAUUUGAGAUGCCAAUUGCCGACGGAGGAUCUGGACGCGCUAGUGUCGAUCACCUCCGAUGAGGAUCUCGCUAACCUACUUGAAGAAUACGACCGUGUUGCUGCGUCAUCGCCGUUGGCGUCUCCUAAAAUUAGGGCAUUCCUCUCGGUCCCCAAAUCCGCGAAAAAAUCCUCAUCCCCUUCCUCCUCCUCGGCCUCCUCGAGCAGUAACGGCUCCACGUCGCCAAAAUCACCGUUCUACUCCUCAUUACCGCCUCGGUACCCGACCUCCGGCGGCGGGAGGUGCGUCCGGCAUGCUUCGAGGCCUCCUGUGUACCCUAUUAUCGGUGGAGAAGGAUCCUGCUAAAUUCCUUACUCGGUUUUGAUUGAUAUCAUCAUAAAUUGAGGAUUCAUGCUGAUGAAACUGGAGGAGAUUUUUGAUACUUAAGUAUGCUCGAAUUGAAGAAAAGGUUGGAUGAAUUUGGAAACCGGAAAGAGGAGUAUGGAUAAACCAUAACAUUGGACAAAUUCGGAAAGGCGUGUGAAUCCACAGUUGCGACUUAAAGCGUGGCUAAUUUUAGGUAUCAAUUAGUUGAACUUUCCCAACCUCCAUCGAUUCCAAGUUAUCGAGACUAGGAAAUCUUUGGUCCUACAUGGCCCAUGUCACCGCUACCUAGCUAUUGACAUUUAAAAUGUAAUUUUCGCAAAUCACAAGUAGUAGUAUGAGAUAAACCGUGACACACUUGUACAUCGAAAGUGUAAAAGUAGAAGAGGUGAAAAAGAAAAAAAAUGUGAAGAUAUUGUUGAGGUUAAAAGUUAAACAAGUGGAAAUGGGGAAAAAGGGUCACUCCGUAUAAGGUUUAUGAUGCCCCACUAAUACGUGAUCCAUGAGAAUAAAAGAAAUACUAUUGCAUUAUAAAUGGGAUUUAAAGUUUUGUCA